GUGUGUGUUGCGGUGGCGUGGCGUUUCGCCCGCGUUCAGCCGAUUCUGCCCAGACGAGUCGCGUCCGUGGCUCCGAGCGGGAGCUCGCUCCUCGCUCGCGUCAAGCAGCAACAACUGCAGCAACAACCACUCAGCAGCAACAAUUCAGCAGCAGCAACUCAGCAGCAACAAUUCAGCAGCAGAAACUCAACAGUAACAACAACUCAGCAGCAACAACCAAGCUGCAACAACAACCAUUCAGCAGCAGCAGCAGCAACAACUCAGCAGCAGCAACUCAGCAGCAACAGCAGCAACAACAACCCAGCAGCAACUCAGCAGCAACAACAACAGCAGUAGCAGCAACAACCGCAAUACUAUUAUUGCAAUUGUACGGAGGAGCUGAGUGCGUAAAUACAAACUUGUCGAUGACAAGAGUCGUCUCGUAGCGGUGCACAGCUAACGCGUGCCAAUAUCCCCGUGACUUUUGUAAUUUUAUAUAUAUAAGAUAUUUCUUUUAGAGUGGCAACGGCGGGGGGGGGGGGGAUUUGAUCGCUUUUUUUUAAUCUGAGAGCAUCUGACUGCAUUCGUCCCAAAUGCUGGUCCACACGUACGCGGCCAUGGAGCGAGCCGACAUGGUGGGGUCCCACGGAGCCGGCCGCCUGGCCGCUCAGCUGGGUCAGGCCGGUGGGCCCUACUCGAGCGGGGCCCCACCGCUCUCCCACUCUCACUCGGCGGCGGCGGCAGCGGCAGCCGCGGCCGCUGCUGCCGCCGCCGCCGCGGCCGCCGACUUCCAGCCGCCGUACUUCCCCCCACCGUACCAGCCGCUCGCCUACGCGCAGUCCCAGGACCCCUACGGCGCCACCCCCCACGACCCGUUCGGAGCGUUAAAUCCCCUGCACCAGCACAACGCCUUGCACCACCAUCACCACCACCACCACAACAACCACCACCACCACGCGCACCAGAGCCAACAGGCGGCGUGGCAGCAGCAGCAGCAAUCGAGCGCGGCUCAGAGACAGGCCACACCAGAGGCGGCCAAUGCGCACGGCCACGCUCAUGGAGGUGGUGGCGGCGGCGGUGGUGGCGGUGGUGGAGGAGGAGGAGGAGGCCACGGACACGGCCACACGGGCCCAUCGCACCACCACCACCACCACGGGGCGGUGAGCGGCGGAGCGGGCGCGCAGCACGCGAUAUUGCCCGCUCACUCCGCGGCGUCGACCCGAGCCUUGGUCACGCAGCUGUCGGGCGGCGGACUGGAGUCGAGGAGAGACUACGGCACCCCGCGGCGCCCGGACAUUCUCCUGCACGGCUCCGGUGGGGGGCCGCCCGGGGGGGGGCUCGACGCGUCGCUCGCGGACGGACUCACGCUCGCGGGACUCGUUCAUCAGCACAUGGACGACAUGCAGGUGGAAGAUGCCGUCAACUUGAAUCUUGUGGAUCAAUCGGUCAUCAAAAAAGCGGCGCUGUCAGGCGGCAAGUCGGCCGGAGCGCUGUCCCUGGGCAAAGACGGCCUGAUGAGCGCCAUGCACGGGAACCCGUCGGAGGUGUUCUGCUCCGUGCCGGGCCGCCUCUCGCUGCUCAGCUCGACGUCCAAGUACAAGGUGACCGUGGGCGAGGUGCAGAGGCGCCUCUCGCCGCCGGAGUGUCUCAACGCCUCGUUGCUGGGCGGCGUGCUGCGCCGAGCCAAGUCAAAAAACGGGGGCCGCUCCCUGCGAGAGAAACUCGACAAGAUCGGCCUGAACCUCCCGGCCGGGCGGCGCAAGGCGGCCAACGUGACGCUGCUGACGUCACUUGUGGAGGGCGAGGCGAUCCACCUGGCGCGAGACUUCGGCUACGUGAGCGAGACGGAGUUCCCCGCCAAGGCGGCCGCCGAGUAUCUCACGCGGCAGAACACGGACCCCGGAGACCUCCACGGGCGGAAGAGCAUGCUGCUCGCCACCAAACAAAUCUGCAAGGAGUUUACGGAGCUGAUGUCCCAGGACCGGACGCCGCUGGGCAACGCGAGGCCCCCGCCGAUCCUGGAGCCCGGCGUGCAAGCCGCCCUGUCCCACUUCAGCCUCAUCACGCACGGCUUCGGCGGACCCGCCAUCUGUGCGGCGCUCACGGCCUUCCAGAACUACCUCACGGAGGCCCUCAAAGCCACGGACAAGCUGUACCUGAACAGCCCGCAGCAGCAGCAGCAGGGUGGAGGGAGCCCGCAGAGCAAGAUCGGGAACGGAGACAAGGAGGAGAAGCGGCGGAAGUGACUGCAUCUCGGUGCGAAUUCGUUCGCUGGUUUUCGCGAACAUUCACCUUCAUUUUAUUGUCAAAAUUUUCUCUCAUUGUUAAAAUCAUCCUCGUCCUCGUCUCCUCCUCCUCUGACGUUGUUGUUGUUAGUGAGAGUCACGUUCUACCUACUGCUGGAUGAAAGCCUCCCCACCCCCCCCCUCCCCUACCUGACCGUGCCAUCACCACAACCGCCGCCAUCUCUCGUGGACCUGCAAACCCAGGCGGCGUUCGCGCUCGUGAGAGGAGUCUCACCGCUCCUCCCGUCUUUGUGCGGCGGUGACGGCUGUCGUCUCUCGGGGGGGGGGGGGGGAUGGGUGAGAGGGGCGGGGGAAAGGGGGAGGGACAACAAACUAACACGCAAAAAAGAAGCUUUCCUGAAAAGUGCACUGCUCCAGGAAGGAAGAGCGUUCCAGACGGCCAUCAGAAGCGCAUCCUAAAGCGCGCCACGCGGUGACCGCAGUUUUCGUUCGAUGGUCAGCCAAAAGCCGCCGCCGCGGCUGCUGUUGCUGCAGGGGCGACCGGAGUUCGCGUGAUGAUGGUUCCUGCUCCUCGACGAGACCGGCGAUUCCUUGGUGUCCGCAUCACUUCGUCCGCGCCAGGGCCCCCUCGCUAACGUCCCCCCACCCCCAUCACCGGCGGCACGACGCUUCCGGCGUUCUGCGUGUGGAGUUUUUGGCGGCCAGGCGCGCGUCCCUCCGCCAGCCUUGCCCGCGCGAUUCUCAGCCUUGCCUCGCCAAGAUCUCUCUCUCUCUUGAGCCAAUUUCGAUGCUGCCCUUCUCGCCCACCCCCCCCCCCCCUCUUGCACCCCUCCACUGGAAUCAACUUGCAUCUGUACAUUAAGCAGCAGUGCACGACAGAAUCACACUGCACCAUAGACUCAACACUACCUAUAGACCCAACACUACCCAUAAUAGACUCAACACUGCCCAUAAUAGACUCAACACUGCCCAUAGACUCAACACUGCCCAUAGACUUACCACUGCACCAUAGACUCAACACUGGCUGUAGACUCAACACUGCCCGUAGACUCAACACUGCACCAUAGACUCAACACUACCCAUAGACUCAGCACUGCCCAUAGACUCAACACUGCCCAUAGACUCAACACUGCACCAUAGACUCAACACUGCACCAUAGACUCAACACUGCCUAUCGACUCAACACUGCACCAUAGACUCAACACUACCCAUAGACUCAACACUGCACCAUAGACUCAACACUGCCCAUAGACUCAACACUGCCCAUAGACUCAACACUGCACCAUAGACUCAACACUGCACCAUAGACUCAACACUGCCCAUAGACUCAAUACUGCCCAUAGACUCAACACUGCAUCAUAGACUCAACACUGCACCAUAGACUCAACACUGCACCAUAGACUCAACACUACCCAUAGACUCAACACUGCACCAUAGACUCAACACUGCACUAUAGACUCAACACUGCACCAUAGACUCAACACUGCACCAUAGACUCAACACUACCCAUAGACUCAACACUGCACCAUAGACUCAACACUGCACUAUAGACUCAACGCUGCACCAUAGACUCAACACUACCCAUAGACUCAACACUGCCCAUAGACUCAACACUGCACCAUAGACUCAACACUGCACCAUAGACUCAACACUGCCCGUAGACUCAACACUGCCCAUAGACUCAACACUGCCCAUAGACUCAACACUGCCCAUAGACUCAACACUGCACCAUAGACUCAACACUGCACCAUAGACUCAACACUGCACCAUAGACUCAACACUGCCCAUAGACUCAAUACUGCCCAUAGACUCAACACUGCCCAUAGACUCAACACUGCACCAUAGACUCAACACUGCACCAUAGACUCAACACUGCCCAUAGACUCAAUACUGCCCAUAGACUCAACACUGCCCCAUAGACUCAACACUGCAUCAUAGACUCAA